CUGUAUACCUAAGAUUUACGUAAAAAUUGCUGAAAAGUGAAAACUAACACGUAUUGUUAUGGGUCAAGCGAUGAUAGCGACAUCUGCAAUAAGCUUGCGUUUUCUCCUCAAUUAUCUUAGCAGUUAUGUCAUAUUUCAAAGUUUCAAAUGAAAUGUCAUUGUUGUCAACAAUAAAAAAACGCGCAUACUUUUGAUUUUUUUUCUGUUUAAACUUUGAAAUUUGAAUAUUUUGUUUCGAACUUUACUUGUACUAACUUAGGUUAAAAAUGCGAAAACUUAUUAAUAGAGAGUAUUUUUUUAUCUAAAAUUAUCGUGCGUGGUUUUCUAUUUGUUCUCAUUACAUGAUUUUUGCAAUAAAUUGAUAACCUCAUCUAAACAAUACGUUUGAAUAAAUAUCAGUAAUAAAAUGCACCUACUAUGUACAAUCUGCAGUGAUUUAUUAAACCAAUCUGAAAAUAUCUAUGUUAUCAAGUGUGGUCAUUUGUUUCACUAUCACUGUAUAAAUCAAUGGAUAAGCAGAUCGAAAUCAUGUCCUCAAUGUCGCAUCAAUGUAACAGAAAGGUGCAUGUUCAGGCUUUAUCCAACCAUUUCAAAUGAUGUUACUGUUGAAGAUGUUACAACAUUGCAGUCAAGGCUGGAUGAUUUACAACUGCAAUUACGACAAGAAAAAACAAAAUGCAAAGAGAAAGAUAAUCAAAUUAAAGAAUUUAUUCUUAAUAUAAAAAAGAUAGAAGAUUCGCUGCAAAGUUCCGAAAAAAAGUUGGUUGAAAAAACAUCUGCUGUUAUAGCUUUGAAAGACCAAUUAAAAUAUGUCCAAAUACAAAAUAAAGAGGUUCACAAACUUAAGUCGGAAAAUGAAGCACUCAAUAAAUAUGUCAAGACUUCAACUGAACUAAACAAAGUAUUGAAUGCGUGUUACGAUGAGGUGGAAAAAAUGAUAGAAGAUUACGACGAUAUACGGACUUUAGCCACAUUUGCAACGGCAUUAAAACGUGCUUUAUGUGAUUCAGAGAAGAAGAAAAACCAUUAUCGCGAUCAAGCACACCUGUUAAAGCAAAAGUUGGCAAGUGAAAAGACUAGAGUGGAAACUCUUCAAAGAAAUGUAGACCAUAUGUCAAUCAAUGUUACGCCGACGUCACACGAUGUACCAAAAAUCUCGAAAUUCGAAAUUAGAGCAGAACCCGAGAUUGCUGAUAGCAAACGUGAAGUUGUGGCUCCAGUACGUUUGGUGAAUUCAAUAGAACAAUCGGACUCACCAUACUUAUCGUUGAAGCAAAGUAGCCUUCCCUUAACCGCACUACAACGGAGACCGAAUCAACAAUUACUUGAUAAAAAUCUUAAGCCGUCAGAAUUUGCACUAUUCAACUCUAUAAAAAUGACCUGCCAAAACUUCAAAGAAAAAGAGAAAGGUAGCAUUUUCCACAAAAAGGAAAAGCCAGAAGUAAAUUUAUUGAAAGAAAAUGUAACCGAUAUGAACACUUCAUAUGAUGGACUUGGUGGUCAUUCUAAACUGGACAUAUUUCCACAGCCAAGUACAAGUAAUAUGACGCGCAUUCCCAAGCUUUCUGUGAAACACAAGCUAAAACGACCCAAUAGUCAAGACGUAAACGAGGUACAAAUCAAUAAAUACUUCAAAAAGGUGUAAAUAGCGAUUGCUUUUAUAAUGUUAUCAAUUUAAUCCUCGAAUUUGCCUAGAAUGAGGAAAUUUUGACUAUGAUUAUUGUUUAUACAUUAUGAUUCUACGUCCAAAGUUAUGUUUUUUUUUCGCAGGGUAUUUUGCUAGAUAUAAAAAGAAAGAAAUAGGUGAUUUUCUUAAUUGUACCUGUAUAAUGCCAUUUAAUCUUAACAUGUUAAGGUCCGUACUCACAUACGGUAUUACUCGAUCGAGCUGAACUGUCGAGUAAAACCCAUGGCAUGGACUUUCAUCCACACAUUGAACAUUUUUAUCGUGAUUGAAACACGUGUUUUUAAGAGAAAUGGAUUUGCGAGUUUAUUCCAAAAGCGCUAUAGAAGACUUUAUUAACACAUAUAGAUAGUGUGAGUGUUUAUGGAAUGUCAAGUCCAAAGAUUACUCCCACAAAAAUAAGAGAAAUGAAUGUUAUGACAAAUUACUAGCUGUGCUUAACGAUUUUCUUAUAAAGCACUGUGAGACUUGCUAAAUACAGCCACCGCCUCCUUUGUUGCACAGACAUCCUUUGGCUCGAACGGUUCGGUGAAUACUGAACGGCGCGCCUCACUCGAUAGAUCAAUGCUCAAUGUGUGGACGAAAGCCCAUGCCAUGGGUUUUACUCGACAGUUUAGCUCGAUCGAGUAAUACCGUAUGUGAGUACUAACCUUAAGAUAUAUUUGUUGUUAUUAAGUUAUACUAUCCGUCUAUUAAUUUAGUUGUAUUAAGCAUCAAUAGUAUUUUGUGAAGGUAAGGAUAACAUUUUUGUGAACAUAUUUUUAUAAUUAAAAAAAAACAUCACUAUGGGCCAAAACUGUUACUCUAGCUGCUUCAUAAUGCAAUAAUAUAAGUCUUAAACCACAAGUCA